GUUUGAAUGCCAGUGUGUGUGACCUACACAUCCAACUCCUGAGUCACACAGGUCCGCAGCUUGUGAACCGGAUUCAGAAAGAGUCGAACUGUGUCUGAGAAACGGGAAAACAGUUGUGUUCUUUGUGAAAAGAAAGGGAAAAGGUCUGACUGAGUAUUCAAAGUCAACAAAUCUUUUGCGCAUUAAUUUGUUCUUUAGCCGUCAAAAGUUGAUGCAUGAGUGAGGAAUCCUGAGUUUUGUAGGCUACUAUGAUUUGAAAGAAGAAACCCAAACAUAACUGAGAUAUUUGCCUAACUGACAGGAUGAAGAAUAUCUGCUGGUUGGACGCCGCUCACAUCGUGAUCAUCCGCUGGGCUCUGUGUUUCUCUGGGUCCGUGGUGAUGGGUCAAUGUAAUGAACCAGCUGAGAACUCCAAGCUCAACCUCUCUGUGACCUAUGACCUGCCCAACUUUGAGGCCAACUCCGCCAUUCAGAACCUGGUGACCUUCGAGGGGACCGUCUACAUUGGUGCCGUGAACCGGAUCUACGCGCUGUCAGAGAACCUGACCAAGCUGUCGGAGUACCGGACCGGGCCUGUGUCUGAAGGCGGUGUCAGAAGGCGGUGUGGUCCUAGUUGUCAGGAUGGAGCCUGUGGCAAGACCAAUGCUGUGGUGGACAACUAUAACAUGGCCCUGCUGGUAGAGCUUUACUAUGACGAUGAGCUGUUCAGUUGCGGCUCAGCGGACGCCGGUGUCUGCCGUCGCCACCUGCUGGAGGAGAGAAACAAGGUGGAUGGGGAGGUACAGUGCAUGUAUUCACCCAAGACAGAUAAUGGAGGACGGCAGGGCUGCCCCGACUGCGUGACUAGCCCCCUGGGGUCCCGUGUGCUCAACGUGGAGAGCGGAGGCGUGGUGCGUUUCUUCGUAGGAAACUCUGAGAUCCCUGGAGGCCCAUCCCGGAUGAUCUCUAGCCCCCAGGCCCAGCAGCCACAACACCACACCAUCUCAGUGCGUCAGAUGAAAGAAACCCAAGAUGGCUUCCGCUACUUCUCCGACCAGUCCUACAUGAAUCUGGCCCCGGCCCUCCGCGGCAACCACCACCUCCAGUAUGUCUAUUCCUUCCAGAGCGGAUACCACGCCUACUUCCUCACCGUACAGCGCGAGGGCCCCAGCUCGCAGGUCUACCACACCCGUAUUGUCCGCAUGUGCGGCACGGACCCGGAGCUGCGGCGCUAUGUGGAGAUGCCAUUUGAGUGCAUCCUGACAGAGAGGAGGAGGCGGCGGCGCUCGGCCAGCAUCGAGGUAUUUAAUGUCCUCCAGGCAGCCCAUGUGGCCAAGGCGGGCCGCGAGCUGAGGCAGGAGAUGGGGCUGAAGGAAGGAGAGGACGUGCUGUUCGCUACCUUUGCCCGGUCCAAGCCAGACUCCCCGGAACCCAGUACAAGCUCGGCCGUCUGCGUCAUCUCACUGGCAGAUGUCAACAACUUCUUCAAGGACUUCAUCCAGAAGUGCCACACCAAGCAGCCAUACCACUUCACCGGCUCUGAGGAGAAGCGCUGCUACAACGGGAGUUCGUCAGAUGACUCGUUUGGCUGUGGGAAGCAUGAGGAGGGCUACCGUCUGGAGGUGACCAGUACCAUGGCCAGACUAGACUACUUCAGCGGUCAGUUCAGCAACGUUCUGCUCACCUCCAUUGCCGUGGCGACCGCACAGGAGCAGACCGUGGCCAGCCUGGGCACCGCAGACGGACGCCUCAUACAGGUGGUGGUUUCUCGUUCCAAACGCAGCACGCCCCAUGUGGACUUCCGUCUGGACGACUCGCACCCCGUGUCCCCCGAGGUGGCACUCCUGUCCCCCCAGCGCCACGACGGCUCCCCUCAGCGCAGCCAGGAUGGCUCCCUAUUGUUGGUGACAGGAAAUAAGAUCACCAAGGUCCCUCUGAUUGGUCCUGGCUGUGAGCAGCAGUGGAUGUGUAGUUCCUGCCUGCUGGCGCCAGGGUUUAUGGGAUGUGGCUGGUGUGACGGCCGCUGCACCAGGUCAGCCCAGUGUCACCCAACCUCCCUCUGGACCCAAGACUCCUGUCCUCCCGUCAUUACCACGAUCUCCCCAUCCAACGGCCCCCUGGGAGGGGGCACCAAGGUGACGGUGUGUGGGAGGAACUUUGGCUUCAACAAGACGGAGAGGUUUGACCACACACUCAUCAGCCUGGACGUGGCCGGAGCACCCUGUAAACUACUGAAACGAGAGAGCAACAGCAACAGGUUGGUGUGUGUUCCGGCGUCUCCUGUGAACUCGUCUCUGGCUAGUAGUGUGGUGAAGGUCCACAGUGGCAAGGAGAUGGCCCAAACACAGGGAUUCACCUUUGUGAACCCAGUAAUCAGGGAGAUCUUCCCUGCAUUUGGUCCUAAGUCAGGAGGCACCAUGCUCACCAUCAGAGGCUCUUUCUUAGACAGUGGCAACACCAGACAGGUCACUGUGGGGAACACAACCUGUGAGAUCCUGAGUGUAUCAGGUACUAUGCUGAUGUGCAGGACCCCUGCCCAGUCGGCCCCGUCCCUCCAGGCGGUGUGUGUGAGGGUGGACUUUGUGGUCCGGGAGGCUCCUGUACUCUUCACCUACAACGAGGACCCUCUCAUCUCUAGCAUCCAGCCCACACGAUCCUUCAUCAGCGGAGGCAGCACUGUGGUGGCCCAGGGCUUCUACCUUCACUCUGCUUCCCCGCCUCAGAUGGUGCUCAUCCCCACAGCCCAGGACGGCAAGGUCUACACUGUGGAAAGCUGUG